UGCGUACAUAGCGCCAAAACCGAAAACCUUCAGCGGCUGCGAUUCUUCCGUCAUCAAAGGUUGCUCUAACGGCCAUCGACCCACACUACACCGAGGCGUGUUAAGUAACGUGUCCCACACUGAAUGCACCACACCUACCUCUAGGUAUACUACGUACUACACCCAACACACCUUCAAGUUCGUUCGUCUUCGGCCUACGGUAUUCAAGUCUAGAAGGUACUGCAACCUGCCGACCAAUACCCAUUGCGCGACGGGUCAAGGGAGACAGACAGGCCGAGAGCUAGCUUUCAGAUCGAGAUAACAGAACAGCCUGGAACCCCGCGACAAGAGUCGCAUGAAAAUUCCAGUUCCUGCCAGGCACGCUCCUCGUCAGCAGCGGCGAUCACACAAACUUCCCCAGACUCCGUCAGACCGCAAUUUUUGUCGCAUGACCGGACGGCCUUCAAACGACGAUCACCUAACUCUUUUCUCGAACAGACCACACCACCCUUGAAACCGCGCCUUUGUAGAGAAGAAAAGAAAAAAAAAGAAGAAGAAGAAAAGAAGCGCUCCCAAAACCUCAUCUUCUCCCGGACCCGACUACCUCUACGACUACCUACCGCAUACAUACAACCACCCGUUCAAACACAUACGUCCCAAAAACACAACAGCAAACUUUGAUACAAUCACACAAUGACCUCCGUCGCCCAACGGCAAGCGCAGCCUGCGCAACCGUCCACCAGCCAAACCGCUGCCCCAACCCGAACCCAAACCGAGACCUCUUCUCCGGCCAUCUUGCGACUUCGCGGCGCACACUCGAACGGGCGAUCUGUACAAUGGCGUAGCGAUGUCGUUGACAACGAAGGUCUCGGCAGGAAGAAGUCCAAAGUCUGCUGCAUCUACCACCGACCAAAAGGCGUAGACGAGUCCAGUGACGAUUCUUCUUCUUCCUCCGACUCUUCAUCCUCCUCCGAUUCCGACUCGGACCCAGAACCUGACCAAGAUAAACGAAUCACAUCCGGCGGUGGUAGUAGUGGCAGGGGCCACCGGCAUUCCCAUGAUCAUGACCAUGAUGGCCGGGAGGGUGGUUGUAACCACGACCAUGGACGUGGGAGGAAACACGGCAAUAAAGGAAAGAAGACGGAAAGGAGGCCGAGCCCAAAUGCGUAUGAGAAAAUGCCCAAGUAUAAGCCGAAGGAUGGAGGGGCUGGGCCUUCGAAUUCAGAGACGCAAGGUCCUGGGGGAAGUAAAUGAUGCAGGGAACAACACGAACGUAUGUUCGAAAGUCGAAUUUCUUUUUGGGGGCAAUUGUUAGAUACCAUGGGAAGAAAAAAUAUGAGCACGAAGGCUGGGUUUGUCUUGGUUUUGGCUUUCUGAAGCCAUAAUGAGCACGUGUAUGGGCUGCUUCUCGUUAGAUAUCAUUCUUCGCUAAGUGUCCUUGUUAUUGGACUUCACGAGUCAAAUAACGAUCGAUAUACACAUGUAUCUCACUAUAGCGGCCUCAGAUAUUCGAGACAUCCAGCAACGCAGAAUUGUGCUACUGCAUUCUAACAGAUUUGCCUAUAGACACCAUAAGUGACUCUAUCUUAUGUAACGGCUAUACAGAGCUUCCCAAUGUUUAAGAUCGUACAAGAAAUCUA